AUGGAUGCUACAUCAAGUGGAACCCCAGGUUUACAGUAUCAUACCAUACCAGAACAACCCGCUUCUCCUCCUGUGAAGAGGCAAAAACGUCAAUGCUUUGGAGAGGCAACUCCUGGAGAGUUUCCUUUAGCAGCUAAUCCUUCCAUUGUCCUUCAUGUUCUCACUGAAUGUAGAUUGGAUCCUCGUGACCUCGCCAAUCUUGAGGCAACAUGUUCGUUCUUUAGCCAGCCAGCAAACUUUGCACCGGACUGUAGUUUAUCCCUACCAGAGCUCGCUGCUCUCGACAUGUGUAACAAAAGGGUGAUUUUCAAGCCGAUGGAUGAAGAAGAACGUGAAGAAAUGAAACGUAGAUGCGGAGGGUCAUGGAAACUUGUACUUAGGUUCUUGCUAGCUGGUGAAGCGUGUUGUAGAAGAGAGAAGUCUCAAGCUAUUGCUGGUCCUGGUCACAGCAUUGCCGUCACUUCAAAGGGCCAAGCUUAUACUUUCGGUUAUAAUAACUCUGGACAGCUAGGUCAUGGCCAUACUGAAGAAGAAGCUCGCAUUUUACCCAUCAGAUCAUUACAGGGAAUCAGAAUCAUCCAAGCAGCAGCUGGUGCUGGCCGCACAAUGCUGAUAAGUGACAGUGGAAACGUUUACGCGUGUGGGAAAGACUCCUUCGGUGAAGCUGAAUACGGAGGUCCAGGUUCUAAAGAGGUUACAACUCCUCAGCUUGUAACAUCUCUAAAGAACAUAUUCGUUGUGCAAGCGGCUAUUGGUAACUUCUUCACUGCUGUUCUCUCACGAGAAGGGAAGGUUUAUACAUUCUCUUGGGGCAACGAUGGUAGACUCGGACACCAAACCGAAGCUAAUGAUGUCGAGCCACGUCCUUUGUUAGGCGCUCUUGAGAACGUACCCGUUGUGCAGAUUGCUGCUGGCUAUUGCUACCUUCUUGCAUUAGCUUGUCUACCAAACGGCACCAUGUCGGUUUAUUCGGUUGGUUGUGGAUUGGGAGGCAAGCUAGGUCACGGGUCGAAAACUGAUGAGAAGUAUCCUCGGCUUAUAGAGCAGUUUCAGGUGUUGAACAUUCAACCUAGGGUAGUUGCGGCUGGCGCGUGGCAUGCGGCGGUGGUAGGUCAGGAUGGUAGAGUGUGUACUUGGGGUUGGGGAAGAUACGGUUGCUUAGGACACGGGAACGAGGAGUGUGAAUCAGUGCCUAAAGUCGUUGAAGGGCUAAGCCAUGUCAAAGCGGUUCAUGUAGCAACAGGAGACUACACUACUUUUGUGGUGUCAGAAGAUGGAGAUGUUUACUCGUUUGGUUGUGGUGAAUCUGCUAGUCUCGGUCACCAUAUAGCCGUUGAUGAACAGGGUAAUAGAAAUGGGAAUGUGCUGAGUCCAGCGGUGGUAACAUCGCUGAAACAAGUGAAGGAGAGGAUGGUUCAGGUUAGUCUAACGAACUCGAUUUAUUGGAACGCUCAUACGUUUGCGCUUUCGGAGUCAGGGAAGCUAUUCGCGUUUGGUGCGGGUGAUAAGGGUCAGCUUGGAGCUGAGCUUGGUCGUGACCAGACAGAAAGGUGUGUACCUGAAAAAGUAAACAUCGAUCUCAGUUAG